AAAAAAAGAAAAAAAAAAAGGAUAUAUAUUCUCAACAUGUCGAAUUUCGACCAGAAUUCCUUGCAAGAAGGCAAAAUCAUUAUUUCGGCUGCUGUGGCAAUCGACAAGGACAAAAACAGCCAAUUCGCAGUGAAAUGGGCCAUCGACAAAUUGAGGUUGAAGGAUAAGCGGAUCAUCCUCGUACAUGUUAGAAGCAAUUACAGUUAUGAUUCAGUUGUUCCUAAAGAGGGCCGUGAACCUACACAAGCUGAAACACAACAGUUGUUUCUUCCUUACCGCAGUUUUUGUGCUCGAAAAGGGAUUCGUGCCACCGAGGUGAUUCUUCAAGACCAUGACGUGGCAAGGGGACUUGCCGAGUAUAUCAGCAUCAACUCUAUAACUACAAUCGUGCUUGGUGCUUCAAGCCGAGCUGCCAUAUUGAGAGCAUUUAAGAAUGCAGAUGUUCCGAGUUCAGUAGCGAGAUGCGCACCAGAUUCUUGCACGGUGUACGCCGUGUCGAAGGGCAAAGUAGUAAAACUCAAAUCCGGUAGUCAACCAGAGACUCCGAGCAGCUCGACAAGUUCCAUGCCUCGGAAUGCGUUGUUCUCACCUGCUGAUAAUUCGAGCCAAUCGAGUUAUUACGCCCCGGACAGCUGGAAAAGCCCGAACUCCGAGGUAUCAUCCUUUGACAUCGGAAACCAGUCAAGACAAUCGCCAGAUGGCGCCAAAAACACGAUUCCUCUCUACUCCGGAACAAAUACUAUCAGCAGAGAAUACCACCAAAACCAAAUACCUCAAAAGGAAAGAUCGUACGGCAGCAAAUCGACCGCACUCCAAAACUCGACCAACAGCGAAGAAUCGGAAAGACACAGCAACACAAAAUACUCGACGCCUUACGACUCGGAUAACACAAGCAACGAAGGCUCGACUUCUUACUACAGCAACUACAGCUCGUCGCCCGUAAACUCGAAGCCUGGUGAAACUGAUUUUGGACACAUGGCAAACAGGCAGGCAAACAACAGCAAGAUCUCGAAUUUGAUGCAGUCUUUAAACAAUAUGAGCCUUGAGGUUCGGAAGAGAGGGAGCCCCGGUUACUCGAUGUCCGAGUCGAGCGAUGUUUCGGAAGGGAUGAGUUUCCCUUCGGAUGUCUCGUUCGAGGUUAUGGACCAUUAUAGGGUUUCGGAUUCUUCUAGAAGCUCGACAUCCUCGCAAACUGCGGAAAUAGAUGACGAGCUGAGGAGACUGAAGCAAGAUCUGCAUCAAAUCACAAUGAAGUACAACUUAGCAAAUCAAGAAGCAGCAACAGCUAGAGACAAGGUGAGAGGCCUUAUCCAAUCGAAAAUCGAUGAAGGAAGCAAAUUGGAUGAGGCAAGGCAGGCUCACGAGGCUGCACUGGCCAUUGUCGAGCGAGAGAAGCUGAUGUGUAAGGCAGCAGUCGAGGUGGCUCACAAAGCACAGCGUAUAGCCGAGCUCGAGUCCGAGAAAAGAAAGCACGCAGAGUUAAAAUAUAAACAAGAAUCCGAAGAGAAACAGAAGGCGAUUGAUGCAUUAGCACGCAGUGAGAUCAGGUACAGAAGGUACACGAUGGACGAGAUUGAGAUCGCAACAGAUUAUUUUCUGGCGGCGAAUAAGAUUGGAGAAGGUGGGUAUGGACCGGUGUUCAAGGCCACACUGGAUCACACCCCAGUUGCCAUCAAGGUCCUGAGGCCGGAUAUCUCGCAGGGCGAGCAGCAGUUUCAAAAAGAGGUCGAAGUCCUUAGCCGAAUGCGCCACCCAAACAUGGUCGUCCUCCUCGGCGCCUGCCCCGAGUACGGAAGCCUCGUCUACGAGUACAUGGAAAACGGAUCCCUCGAGGACCGUCUCCACCGCAAAAACGGGUCUCCUCCCCUCUCGUGGCCCGCCCGUUUUCGAAUCUCCGCCGAGAUCGCCACCGCCCUCAACUUCCUCCAUUCCACCCGACCCGAGCCCCUCGUCCACCGCGACCUCAAGCCCGGGAACAUCCUUCUCGACCGAAACCUCGUCAGCAAGAUCAGCGAUGUCGGCCUCUGCCGCCUCGUCCCACCACCUGUCGCCGACACCAUCACUCAGUGCCACAUGACUGCAGCUGCCGGAACUUUCUGUUACAUCGAUCCGGAAUAUCAGCAGACGGGCAUGCUAGGGACGAAAUCCGAUGUGUACUCGUUCGGAGUUAUGCUGCUGCAGAUUCUCACGGCUCGGCCAGCGAUGGGACUCUCGCAUUAUGUCGAGACGGCGAUUGAGAAUGGGAGAUUUGGGGAAGUGCUUGAUCGAGCGGUUGGGGAUUGGCCGGUAGAGGAGGCGCUGUCGCUGGCUAAGCUGGCUUUGAAGUGCUGUGAGCUGAGGAGAAGGGAUAGGCCGGAUCUUAACUCGGUGAUUCUGACUGAGCUCGAGAGGUUGAGGGAUUUGGGUUCGGAGGUGGCUCGUGGGGGUGGGGUUAGCUACUGCUAUGUGAAUUUGCAGGGUGGUGGGGUUAGCUCGAAGGAGAGCAGCUCGUCUGAAAGUCAGGUGAAUCAGGAGAGGUUUUACGAUAUGAACUCAUCUUCAAGUCAGAGACGGCAGUUCAGGGAAACUCGAAGGGCAAAGCAAAAAUGCAUCUGGAAGUGGGAACAGCUAGAGUACAACACUAGAAAGCAUGGAAUAUGUGAUAAAACAUUCAUGAUUAACAGCAAGGAGAAAGUGGAUGAGUGUUUUUGGAUAUGCCUUCCCAUGUAUGAGUUCGUAGCAUCUCUUGCAGCGCCGCCUCUGGCGAAGGUUUUGAGCCACAGUUUUUCAUAUUUGUCUCAUAUCUCUUGUCGAUUGGGUGACACCUCUAAGCCCUCUAUUCUUCAGCUUUCCGAUUGGAGGUCCCUGGCAGGCUUCGCGUCGCCGGUUACCUCUGGGUUUUCGGCUCGGCGCCUCGAGCUAAUCCCUUUGGUGCCCUUUUCUCCUGAUUACGACUUCGGGAGCUCAACUUCGGACGAAGGCUCCCGAAGGCGUGCCUUUUUGCAAAAUCUUUCGAGCCACUGUUUCAGCUGGAGUUUUUAG